UAAGUUUUGAAUUAAAAUUCUUCUGGUUUCCCUCGAUGCAAAGCUCGAGAUAUUGUUUGAUAUCAACUGGCAAGCUUCUGCUUCGUGAAGCGCGUCUGCGACUUGGCAUUGGAUCAUAUUCAACUGUUCGUUGUUUACACCGUAAUGCUGUUCAACAUUCGCGAAAUAAAAAACAUGAGACAAAUGUUUCGGCGCUCUUUAAGCCGGUACAGGUGCAGGCCAAUGCAGAUGACGAAGAUGUUGGCUCCGAGCUGGUGGGGAAACUGGAAAAGUCUGAAGUACUUAAAAUUCUAAAUAAAUUCGCACAACGCCGCGAGAUUAAAGCGCUGUGCAGUGAAAAUGGUUUGGAUGCCUAUUUGCAGCAACAGGCCUUUGGAUCGUUUCGCCGCUACUGCAUCGAGGCUGAGAAUCUUCCAGUGGAUCUGCAUAUUGUUUUUAGUGAUAUUAUGCAAGCAGCCGGACACAUUGAUGACAUCUUUCCAUACUUUUUGCGACAUGCAAAGACUGUGUUUCCGCAUUUAGACUGCAUGGAUGAUUUGAAGAAAAUCUCAGACUUGAGGCAACCGGCCAAUUGGUACACAAGUGCCCGCGCCAUCACACGUAAAAUCGUUUUCCAUGCAGGACCUACAAACUCUGGCAAGACAUAUCAUGCUAUGGAGCGAUACUUAAAUGCGAAGACUGGUGUCUAUUGUGGUCCGCUCAAGCUGCUAGCCACGGAGGUGUACAACAAAGCCAAUGAGCGUGGCACGCCUUGUGAUCUUGUCACCGGCGAGGAGCGCAAAUUCGGUAUUGACGAGUCCUCGCCAGCAAAUCAUGUGGCCUGCACUGUGGAAAUGACUUCGGUGAAUACGCCUUAUGAGGUGGCUGUCAUUGACGAGAUACAGCAAAUAAGAGAUCCUCAGCGUGGCUGGGCGUGGACUAGAGCGUUUCUUGGACUGAUCGCUGAUGAGGUACAUGUUUGUGGCGAGGCGGGUGCAUUGGAGCUGCUUGAAAAGAUAUGUGAAACCACCGGAGAAACAGUCGAGGUUCGGCGCUACGAUCGGUUAACUCAGCUAACGGUCGAAGACUCUGCGUUAACAUCUUUGGAUAAUGUUAUGCCCGGUGAUUGCAUUGUGUGCUUUAGCAAAAAUGAUAUUUACACAGUGUCGCGAGAAAUUGAAGCACGUGGCAAGGAAGUGGCUGUUAUCUACGGCGGACUGCCACCUGGCACAAAACUAGCGCAAGCCGCCAAGUUCAAUGAUCCCGAAAAUAGUUGCAAAGUGAUGGUAGCCACCGAUGCCAUAGGCAUGGGCUUGAAUCUAAGCAUACGACGCAUCAUAUUUUACUCAUUGGUUAAGCCUACUAUGAACGAGCGUGGAGAACGUGAGAUUGAUACAAUUUCAGUGUCUUCUGCUUUGCAAAUUGCCGGACGUGCGGGUCGCUAUCGCACUCAAUGGGAGCAUGGAUAUGUAACGGCGUUUAAAUCCGAAGAUCUUAAGACUUUGCAGCAUCUAUUAGGUCAAUCUCCAGAGCCUUUGAAGCAAGCUGGGCUCCAUCCCACAGCUGAUCAAAUCGAAUUAUACGCAUAUCAUUUGCCAAAUUCAACGCUUAGUAACCUAAUGGACAUUUUUGUCAAUCUUUGUACUGUGGACGAUUCGCUGUAUUUCAUGUGCAAUAUCGAGGAUUUUAAAUUUUUAGCUGAAAUGAUACAGCAUGUUCCACUACCCCUACGGGCACGAUAUGUUUUCUGCUGUGCUCCCAUUAAUCGCAAGCAACCUUUUACUUGUUCCAUGUUCCUGAAAAUAGCCCGACAAUAUAGUCGCAAUGAGCCUAUAACUUUCGAUUUUAUCAAAUCGAACUGCGGCUGGCCGUUCAAGUUGCCCAAGACUAUUCUGGACUUGGUGCAUUUGGAGGGUGUGUUCGAUGUGAUGGAUCUAUACCUGUGGCUAAGUUAUCGCUUUAUGGACCUCUUUCCCGAGGCAAACAACGUACGCGCGGCGCAGAAGGAGCUCGACGAGAUUAUUCAGCAGGGCGUGUUUCAAAUUACGCGUUUACUUAAGAACACAGAGGCUGGCCAGGAUAGUGAUACGCCCAGUUACAGUAUGCGUCGUAUAACUCAAAUGAAGGAACCUCGUUUGCCAAGUUCAACGCGUGGCCGUUUGACAGAACGACUGCUUGCUCAAGGACUGUUAACGCCGGGCAUGUUGAGUGAGCUGCGCAAGGAGUGGGACGCACAGCAGCACCAAACAAAACCUCAGGCAACAGCUCAAGCCAAAGACUCUCAGGAAUACACAACGGACAGCGAUGAUGAGGAUAGUUACUCAGGAAACUAUAAGAAGGCGCGACGAAAGCGUAGAAAGUAAAUUAAGUCUAAAUCUGUUGGACAAGCUCUUUUUGAAGUAGCUGUUGUUAAUGUUAUCGUUUUAUUUGUAAGUCGCAGUUAAUUAAUAUUAAAAUUAUUAU